AUGACGCGAGGGCCGCAGCGGCUCGCAUGGCUCGGCCUGCUGCUGCUGGUGCUGCUAGCGCUCAGCAGCAGCAGCAGCAGCAACAGCAGCAGCAGCAGCAGCAGUUAUGGAUUGGUUACCUUCGCUGACGCGCAGGGCUUUCGAGGGGCACCGCAGCUGGCAGAGGCUGGAGCUCCUCCGCGACGACUCCAAGCGGGCAUCAGCUUCGACGAACAGGACAGAGCGCAGAAAGGGUUUAUCGUCAUUUGGAUGAGCAUCACUCUGGUGUUUGUGGUGAUCCUUGGCAUUUGGGUAACCCUCAAGAUUGCCGAUGUGACCGACCCGCUGCUGCACACGAAGUUUUUCGCUGCCCGAUAG